GUCCCCACCGUGUGGACACGGCGGAGGCGACGUUUUCUCGGCACGAGUGCCCACCGCGUGCCUCGUGCACAGUAUCAGCUAGUACCACGUCGUCGUACGGUCGUUCUUCGUCGCGUUUACAAAGGGUACCGUCGCGGCGAAGCCCCAUUGAACCGCGGGUGUAACAGAGACUUCGUCCGGACGCUGGUGCGCAGCAAACCGGAAGAUGCACCCGGCGAACGCGUCACUGGUGUCACCGUCUCUGUCCGUUGGUUCACGUUCGUGCCCACCGGUCCUCGUCUAAACCGGGUCCGAGAAGUUCAAGCGUCCGCGCCUAUGGCCGUGUGACAACUCUCUCGGUUUGGCCAGCUCUCUCGAGCCUGCGAUUGGCCCUCUCGAGCGUUGCCCGCGCGCAACACUCUACGUGGGUUGGAUGCGUGAAUGCCCGCGCCGCGCCUGCGUAAGUGCUACGACAUACUGCGUGUGCGUGUGCCAAGCGUGAAGAGAAGCCGCAGGGGCCUAAGGGUCCACGAACACCCGGAUCAGAGGUAUACACAUUGCCGUAGGAUGCUGUGGACUUCACGAUGUUCGCUGAUCUUGGUGUUGACAACGCUGGCGUCAUGCACAGACGCAUCGAAGGGGUCGAUAGAAGACGAGAGAACGAUCGACGAAGCGACGACGAGCAUCCCGACGGUUACGAUGGUCCCGGACGAGACCGAGGCGGCACCGGUGAAUAAUUCGUCAAACGCUGUAAAAAGUCCGGUCGAGGAGAAUGUUAAAGACUCGUCCCACGCGUCUUUGCCCUCGUCUUCGCCUUCGCCUUCGCCAUCGCCCGACACUGUUUGGGAGUGUCCAAAUAUUACAAAAACGGGCGUCGAGUGUUCCUGCGACUUUCCACACACGCUCCGAUGCACCGGCGAUAGAACCACGCUGCAGACUAUCAGCAAACACUUGAGAUCUAGUCGCCCAGGAACCAUUUCGCUCCUCGAUGUGACUGUCUCGGGCAUCUCCUUGUUACCAGCACGCUUUCUCGAAGGCGUCGCUCUUCAUGGCUUGGUAGUUUCCACAGGAGAACUAAGACGCGUUCACGAGAACGCGUUCACAGCGUUGGCAAGACCUCUUCAGGCCCUUGGAAUUCCCAACAAUCUCUUGGACUCUGUACCCACAGUUGCCUUGUCACACCUUGUUGGUCUGGAACGACUGGAUUUGUCGCAGAACAAACUGAAAACCCUAGAAGCGGACUCUUUCAAGGGGGUAUCAAAUCUAACGUACUUGGACUUAUGCGACAAUCUGUUAUCUCAACUAUCGCCGCAAGCUUUUGCCUCGUUACCCUCACUGCGCUCCUUGAGGAUGAGAGGCAACCGCUUGAGUGUGUCAGCGUUGUCAGCUCUCAGGGGCCUCAAGAUCUUGGAGGAACUCGACUUGUCGAACAAUCUGUUGCUAGGUCCGAUGGGUCCAAAUUUUCUGCCCAAAAUGCCACGUCUGCGGUCUCUGACUGUGUCGGAAAACGAGCUGUUUAACAUCACGCAAGGAGCACUGACAGGAUUGAGAAACCUGAGCUACCUCAGCCUGAACCAUAAUCAGAUCGAUGUGCUGGAGGACGACUCAUUCAAGUAUCUAUCGACUCUUACCAGGCUCGACCUGGCGAACAAUCGCAUCGUCGCGGUAUCCAGCGCCUCUCUGGCUCACUUGGAGAAAUUAACAACCCUGGACCUGACCCACAACUUUCUUAGAUCAUUGACCGCAGAUUUAGUAGUACCCCUGAAGAGCCUGCAAGAUCUUCGCCUCGACGACAAUGAUAUCACUAUGGUAGCCAGCGACGUGCCCACGUCCAAGCUCCGAUUGAAAAAGCUCUCGUUAGCUGACAAUCCUUUAAACUGCGACUGUACGCUCUUAGAAUUUGCCAACUGGUUGAGCAACUCUAGUUUAAACGAGGAAGAUAAAUCCUCCGCGGUUUGUGCCACGCCUCCAGCUUUGGAGAACGGUAUCCUGACGCAGGUAUCUCCUGGUAGUUUAUUAUGCGGCGAUCCAACGCCGCCUAUCACUACCAGAGAGCCUUCUACCGGAACUCAAUUAAUGCUGAAGGAGUUCCACUACGACAGAUCGACCGGCGUGAAUCUUCUGUGGCACGUGGAGAUGUGUACCGAGCGAUACACCUGCGAUACCUUGAUCGUCUAUGAAACUAUAGGCGACAGCGAAGUCCAGACUGUCUCCAGUUCCCUUCAUUGUGAUUCCCGUAUGAUGAGGGACCCCUGCUCGCUGCCGGUGGCUAUUCCAGCUUCCCUGAAUCUGCAACCAGGUCACAAGUAUCGCUACUGCGUUGUGAUCCUCGUACCAGGCAACUACGACGAGGUGUCCUUGGGCCUAGGCUGCAGUGACGUGCUCACGCUCGAGGAAACCAAACGUGACGUACAGAAAGAUCAAGAGACACCCGCUAUAGAGUCCACUGAUACCAAAAUAACUGGAGUUCACGUGAAUGUAUCAGAUCAAGGGUUCCUUCAUGUGGAUGUUAGCCUCUCAACUCCAAACAAAUUCAGUCUACCCGAAUGUGAAUUGUCUAUCGUUGUUUUCGACGCAGAAUCUGCAGUUCGCAAGCAGAAGCUGAACUGCAGCUUAACGUUCGUGACCCUAGAGGUUCUACUGCCUGGUCGCUACAAAGUUUGUGCCAGUCUUGACGAAAUGGACGAGGAAGACAUUAUUGGAAACUUCAUGGACGAUCGGGACCGGCUUCAUUGCGUCGAAGUGCAAGGAUUUAAGCAAAACACCGAGAUCAUUGUUUUGGUGAUCAUUGGGGCUGGCUGCGCUCUUUUGGUAGCGCUCGUAUUACUUGCCAGAAGCGUUGUGAAGAGGGUGAGACAUCCCAGGAUACAGACACAAUGUUUCCUACCCGCUCAGGAGUUUGAGAUCACUCAUAAAGCGCAUUACAUCAAAUUGUUAGCCACGACGAAAGUCUGAUUGAAUUGUUUCAAUCAACAGCUUUUCGUUCGUAGAAUGAACUAUAGUGUUGUACAAUGGCUUUCUGCGUCAUGAAGUGGUAGUUGAUAUUUAAUUGAGACACCGAUAGCUUUGUAAAUAAUACAGCUUAUUUUUGUUGACAAAACUUAAUGUUCUCAAGACAAGGCAAUAGUCUAGGUAGGAGUGAAUGGUGUGCCUGAUUAUAUUGCGAGGGAUCGUCCCCAUGAGCUACUAGUCACAGAGCUGAUAAUUCCAAGUAGAAGUAUCAGCAGAUUCUAGUAUAAAGACGAAUGUAAUAGAAUUAAGAUACGUUCUAUAUGGAAUUAUUUUGCGAGAAGUUGAUAGAAAAAAACGGGUGGAUUAUUAUAUGAAGUGUUCAUUUUCCACACCGCCGUUAUAAUUUCUUUGCGAAAGAGAAGACAAUGUGUCGAUUUUAUUGUAUUAUUUAAUUAAAGUAUAAUUGUUGAAUAAUAAAAUUUCCGGGUGCCAGAUAUGCGUCCACCAUUAACAAAAAGUGCGCUUCGAUUAGUGAAGGAGUUAUAUUUAUAAUGUUUUAGAUACUGUAUAAAGUUAGAAAACCUUUACUAAUACAUUAAGGAACUUGGCUUAUAUAUUUUUACAUUUUAUGUAAGUAUUUUGUUAUAAGCCUGUAAAUAUUUUAAUUAAUGUUCCUCUUUAUUACUCCCGCUCUAAUGAAUAUUCCUUAUUUUACUAUACUAUUAAUACUAGAAUUAUUCGUGUACAAAGUUUUUUAAAAAUCGCAGCGUAUAAAAAUAACUAACAACUUCGAUAAAAUAUAUAGUGGUGGUUGUUACAAGCUUGAAUAUGUGGACCAUCGAGUUUUAUUUCCAUCAUAGUUGAAUAUACUAUUAUUGUUGAAUUCUUGUCAUAGGCAACCGGAAUUUGAAUGGUGUUCAAAGAAUGAUACGUAGAUUAAAUAUUGUACAUUUAUGGUUUUUUA